AUGAACGAUACGCGACCACUCCGCGAUUUAAAUGACUCCAGCCAUGACGUCACAUAUCCUUCGACGUCCGAGUGGUAUGACGAAAGUAAUUGUUCGUGGGUGGACGCUGUAUCGUGGGGUUGCAACACGACCAUCAAUGCCACUAGUGCAAAUGUCACCACAACUGAUGUUACGUCGCUCGUCCUCAUGGCGGUUACGUCUGUGGUGCUCGCACUUAUCAUCUUAGCCACAAUAGUUGGUAAUGUGUUCGUGAUAGCGGCCAUUAUAAUCGAAAGAAACCUACAAAACGUCGCUAACUACCUCGUCGCCUCGCUGGCAGUGGCGGACUUAAUGGUGGCGUGUCUUGUUAUGCCGUUAGGAGCCGUUUAUGAGGUCAGUCAAGGCUGGAUUUUAGGCCCAGAAUUGUGUGAUAUGUGGACGUCUAGCGAUGUCCUCUGCAGCUCAGCGUCCAUUCUUCAUCUUGUCGCUAUUGCAACUGACAGGUACUGGGCGGUCACUGAUGUGGAUUAUAUCCACAUUCGAAAUGAGAAGCGUAUAUUCACAAUGAUCUUCCUUGUCUGGGCUGCGGCUCUUGUUGUCUCGCUUGCUCCUCAAUUGGGAUGGAAGGAUCCAGACUACCUCGCCCGAAUAACACAACAGCAAAAAUGUCUCGUCAGCCAAGAUCUUGCAUAUCAAAUAUUCGCAACUUGUUCCACCUUCUACGUACCACUUGCUGUUAUUCUCAUAUUGUACUGGAAGAUCUUCCAGACUGCUAGACGACGAAUCCGCAGACGAAGGGACCCGCCUCCGCCACGUCCUACUUCCGCGGAUGGUGCCACGCCUUCAGGACGUCCUAUUCAAUCAGCGAGGGAUAGGAGAUUUGUCAAAAAGCGAUUCUUAAACCUUAAAAAGUGCAACCAACAUACACGAGCGGAAAAACUUGCUGCAGCGCUGUUGUUAACUGAAGGUCAAAGUACAUCUACAGUUGACACGCUAGACGAAGAACCUCGGACAACAGCGUUCACUAUCAAUGAGAAAAUUUCCGUGUCCGUAUCACCUGAAAAGUCUUCCUCAACAGUCACCAAUGGUUCAAAAACAGAACGAUCAAUUGUGCCUGCACUAUCUCAAAGAGAAAAGAAAGAGUCUUUAGAAGCGAAACGAGAGAGAAAAGCGGCAAAAACACUUGCAAUUAUAACAGGAGCAUUUGUUUUUUGCUGGUUGCCAUUCUUCAUCAUGGCUUUGGUUAUGCCAAUUUGUCAAUCCUGUGUGAUAAGUGAUUACCUUGCCAGUUUUUUCCUGUGGCUCGGCUACUUCAAUUCAACACUCAAUCCAGUAAUUUACACCAUAUUUAGUCCUGAUUUCAGACAAGCAUUCGCUCGAAUUCUCUUUGGCACUCACAGACGUGGCCGUAAUAAAAAGUUCUAA